AUGUCCAAGUCUCAUAUAAGGAGAAAGUCACCAUCAUACAAGGAGAAAGUCACCAUCAUACAAGGAGAAAGUCACCAUCAUACAAGGAGAAAGUCACCAUCAUAUAAGGAGAAAGUCACCAUCAUACAAGGAGAAAGUCACCAUCAUACAAGGAGAAAGUCACCAUCAUAUAAGGAGAAAUGCACCAUCAUACAAGGAGAAAGUCACCAUCAUACAAGGAGAAAGUCACCAUCAUGUAAGGAGAAAGUCACCAUCAUACAAGGAGAAAGUCACCAUCAUAUAAGGAGAAAGUCACCAUCAUACAAGGAGAAAGUCACCAUCAUACAAGGAGAAAGAGAAAGUCACCAUCAUACAAGGAGAAAGUCACCAUCAUACAAGGAGAAAGUCACCAUCAUACAAGGAGAAAGUCACCAUCAUACAAGGAGAAAGUCACCAUCAUAUAAGGAGAAAGUCACCAUCAUACAAGGAGAAAGUCACCAUCAUACUGAAGAAAGUCACCAUCAUAUAAGGAGAAAGUCACCAUCAUACAAGGAGAAAGUCUCACCAUCAUAUAAGGAGAAAGUCACCAUCAUACAAGGAGAAAGUCACCAUCAUAUAAGGAGAAAGUCACCAUCAUGUAAGGAGAAAGUCACCAUCAUACAAGGAGAAAGUCACCAUCAUAUAAGGAGAAAGUCACCAUCAUACAAGGAGAAAGUCACCAUCAUAUAA